AUGGCCAACUCUCCCUGGAGAAAACACGGAGCAAACUGGCUGGGUACUGGUGUCCAGAAAACGAUCCAGCAACUUGGAUACCUGGGACUGAUUCUCCUUGUCUACGAAGGUGGUCUAUCGACAUCAUUCUCCCAAUUGAAGGCCAAGAUCCUGCUCUCAGCUGUUGUCGCCUUGACAGGGGUUGGGGUUCCCAUGGGACUGUCGUUUACACCGACGAGGAUCGCGUCUGCAACUCUCCUACAGGCAUUUGCUGCAGGUGCAUCCCUUUGCUCGACCAGUAUUGCAACGACAUUUACGAUCUUUUUGACCACUGGAUUGGUCAAAGCACGGCUUGGAGUUGUUCUAAGUGGCCCAGCGAUGAUGGACGAUGUCGCAGGCUUGGUGAUGGUCCAAGUUAUCUCUAACCUGGGAGGCUCUGGAGGAUUACUCAAAGCACUGACAGUAAUUAAACCCAUAUUUGUGGCCAUUGGGUUCGCGGUGGGCCUUUUGCUCUUUUGCCUGUCUGUUGUGGCAGCACGAAGGCUUAGAACAAGCAUGACUUACAUGCCUGCUUUUAUCAAGCCAGUGCAAUUUACGUUUCUAGCUCACAUGUUCAUUAUAUUCCGAAUUAUCACCGGAACGGCCUAUGAAGAUACUUCUCUUUUCGCAGCGUAUCUGUCCGGAGCUUGCAUGUGGUUUGGAGAAUUUCUGGGUGAGAUCGACGAGGCAGAGGCCCAUUAUGAGAGCUGUAAUACUCCUGCACAGGAGAAUGAAAAUAAUCAGCAACCGGAAGGGAGAGAAACUAACUAA